UAUUUUACAAUUUAUAAAUAUUUUAAUGUUUACAAGUUUGAAUUAUAUAAAAUAUGUACCUUUUUAAAUAUAAUAAGGUAAAAAGGUAAUGUUUUCAUUCAUUAUUCACAAUGGAAUGUUGUGAAGAUACAGAAACAACUACAAAACCUGUUGUAGAUACGCCAGAAUCAGUGGCGAUUGAAGAAUCAUCAAUUUUCAAAGACACAAAAGUGUCACAAGAUUUUCAAAAAGAAGAAAUUUUAAGAGGGAGAAAAGGAGAAGGUGCUACAGAGAAAAUACCAGUAGUCGCGGAAAAGAUAAGAGAAAAUAUUACAGGGAAAAUACCAGAAGUAACAGAAAAAUUAGAGGAAGAUAUUACAAGGAAAAUAUCAGAAGUACGAAACAAUGAAAGCUUGCUACUUACUAGUGAAAUUGAAGCUAUAAAAAAUAUAGAAGAAACAUACUCAACCAAUUGGUUUUAUUACAAUUGGAAUAAUUCUCCAAGAUUAUUAUGCGAAGCAACUGCAGAAUAUCAGACAACUGAAUCAUAUGAAAAUUUUACAAAGGGUUGUCAGUGGUCUCCUGAUAAAACAUGUUUACUAGUACCUUCUGAAGAUUUUAGGAUUCGAAUUUAUGAACUCCCUACAGAAUUAUAUUCUGAAAAAAUUCCUUCAAAUUUAUCAUCCACAAAAUUUUCAGCAGCUUUAACAGUAAAAGAAGGAGGACUUAUAUAUGAUGCUUGUUGGUAUCCUUUUAUGAAUUCAUGGGAACCUGCAAGUUGUUGCUUUUUAAGUACAAGUAAAGAAAGUCCUAUACAUUUAUGGGAUGCUUUUAAUGGUGAAUUAAGAGCAACUUAUCGAGCUUAUAAUCAAGUUGAUGAAGUAGAAGCUGCAAUUAGUAUUCAAUUUAUUGACUCUGCUAAAGAAGUAUGGGCUGGCUUCAAAAAUGCUUUAAGAGUGUUUAAUGUGGAACAUCCAGGUCGCCAAAUAAAUACCAUUCAAUUUAAAAGAGAUUUUCCAAAUGUAAUAGGUCUAGUUUCCUGUAUUCGAGAAAAUCCAAUUAUGCCAGGAUUAGUUGCUUUUGGUACAUAUUCUAAGAACAUUGGUUUAUAUAGAGAUGGGCCAUUAUGUACUUUUAAAACAGGAAGCGGAGUGACUCAAAUUGAAUUUAGCCCUUGUGGAACAAAAUUAUUUUCUGUAGUUAGGCGUAGUAAUGAAUUUUUAUGUUGGGAUUUGCGUAACCCAGGUAAUGUUCUGUACUCCCUUGAAGGACGCCAGUCUGAUACAAAUCAGAGAAUUCAGUUUGACAUUACAUCUAAUGGAGAUGAAAUAGUUUCGGGUGGUACAAAUGGAGAUAUUAAAAUUUGGAAAUUACCACAAAGUUCAAAUUGCGAAGAUCUUAAUGCAUCACAUAAAAUAAAAUUAUCAUGUGACUGUAUAAAUGGUGUAAGCUUGCACAAAAGUUUACCCAUCAUUGCUACCAGUACAGGACAAAGGUUUUGUGAUAGCCUACCACAAGGUAGGGACAAUAGUGUACGACUAUGGUUGUGUUCUUAACUUGAUAGUAUAAUAAACUAUUGUAAAAAUAGAUACAAUUACUAUUUUAUAUAUAUAUGGACCUUUCAUGAUUUGAUAUAUGUAUAACAUAGAUUUUUAAAUAAAAUAUUUAUAUGA